CCCUGAGGCAACCGGUCCUUUUGCUGCAAUGAUCAACGCUUUGAUGCAUCCAAGCGGGUGUCUUGGCCGGCUCGGUCAUCCCAAUCUGCAUAUAAAUGGCAGGUGAGUUCCCGUCUGUCCGCCCUACUCUUUCCCAAGAUUUCGCCUCUCCUCCUUUCGACUGGCCAGCGUCAGGUUUCUGCCUGAGGUAGAUUCUUCCGCUCCGGCAUAUAAUCCCGUCCUCUUUUCGUCGCUUUUUCGUCUUUCCAUGAUUUUAUUUCCUCUCUCUCGCCCUGUCUUCUCCCUGUCUAUUCCCAUCUUUUUACCCUGUCACACUCGAGAUCAGGCUGCAGCAGAAAAGGUCUCAUCCACGCAGCAUUUGCGUCAUCCCACAUCAAUCCAGAAACAGCCUCUGCACUUUGAUUUUCAAAUGAGGCUGGAAGGGGAGGCGGGUCAAAAUGUUCACCAAGUCGACUUCGACCAAGCAGAGCUUCUCCAAGGGCUCAAAGCACGGCAAGUCGAGCUCGUCAUUCACCAAAGAGUCAGGCGUUUCGAAACGCCGUCACGAGCAUCGACGUAGGACGCAGAGCGUGACGAACGUGUCAACUGCGUCGUCGCCAACAGCAGCAAGCGGCAUCAGCCCCAUCGUCACGCUUGUCAUCGGCCCCGAGCAACGCAUCUUCGCUGCACACGAUGAUGUCCUCACCCGUGCUCCCUACUUCGUCAACGUCUUGAAGUACAGCGCCGAGUCAUCUACCAAGCGCAUUGCACUGCCUGAAGAGUCCCCCGAGAUCUUCUCGUCCGUCCUUGAAUAUCUCUACAAGGGUGACUACUUUCCGCGCCUUGUGCACAACAAGAAGCGAAAUACUUGGGAGAUGGAGCCAUCCGAGGAUGUGCGUGGGUCUAAGAGCGAGUCUACCAUCUAUCACCACAGUUCCGAGGGACCGCUGCUGAAGGACACGGUCAUCUACUGUGCCGCGGAAAAGUAUGGACUGGAGGAGUUGAAGCGCCUUGCCCUCCGGAAACAGGGUCUUCAAUGUGGUGUCCAAUGUAGCACCAUUUUAUCCUCCGCCCGCUAUGCUUACGCUCACACACCCGAGACCGACUCCAAGCUCCGUGCUCACUUUCUCGCCCUCAUCAUUCGUAGUCGCUCCACCUUCAAGCGCAGCGGCACGAUGCAGCUUGAGAUGUUUAAUGGCGGCACUCAGCUAUUCUUUGAUUUGUUCGUCGCGCUCUGUAACCACGUCGACGAUGUUGGCGCCCAGACUUCGCCUCGCACCAACCGUUACAUGUGA